AUGGUUCAAAUUAUCUCUUCGGCCUUGAGCCUUUUUGCGCUGGCCGCAGCUGUCUCUGCCAUGCCAGCACCAAUGCCAACCGCCGCACCAAACGUCAACGAGGCUGUUGCCCUCGAGAACCGAGGAACUGCUUGCACCUUUUCCGGCGCUUCGGGUGCCUCAUUGGCCUCCAAGUCCAAGAAAUCCUGCGCCACCAUUGUCCUGAACGCUCUCUCCGUUCCAUCCGGUACUACUCUUGAUUUGACCAAUCUCAAUUCCGGUACUCAGGUUACCUUCGAGGGAACCACCACUUUCGGUUACGAAGAAUGGUCCGGUCCUCUCUUCUCCGUCUCGGGAGCUGACAUCACUGUUACCGGAGCUUCAGGAAGCGUACUCGAUGGCCAAGGAGCCAAGUACUGGGAUGGCAAGGGAACCAACGGUGGAAAGACCAAGCCAAAGUUCUUCUACGCUCACAAAUUGACUGGUACCUCCAAGAUCUCUGGUAUCAACAUCUUGAACUCCCCUGUUCAAGUUUUCUCCAUCAACGGUGCCAAGGGUCUUACUCUUUCCGGCAUCACCAUUGACAACUCUGCCGGUACCUCCCUCGGACACAACACCGAUGCUUUCGAUGUUGGUUCAUCCUCUGACAUCACCAUCUCCGGUGCCAACGUUAAGAACCAAGAUGAUUGUCUUGCCAUCAACUCCGGUACUGGUAUUACCUUCACCGGCGGAACCUGUUCAGGUGGCCACGGUCUCUCCAUCGGAUCUGUCGGUGGCCGUUCCGACAACGUCGUCUCCGAUAUCGUCAUCGAAUCCUCCACUGUCAAGAACUCUGCCAACGGUAUCCGCAUCAAGACCGUGUCUGGUGCUACUGGAUCCGUUUCCGGCGUGACCUACAAGGAUAUCACCCUCUCUGGCAUAACCAGCUACGGUGUUGUCAUCGAGCAAGAUUACGAGAACGGAUCCCCAACUGGUACCCCAACCUCCGGUGUUCCCAUCACUGAUGUCACUCUCUCCGGCAUCAAGGGUACUGUUGCAUCCUCCGCUACCAACGUCUACGUUCUCUGCGCCAAGUGCUCCGGCUGGACUUGGGAUGUUGAUGUCACUGGUGGUAAGACCUCCUCCAAGUGCAAGGGUCUCCCAUCUGGUGUCUCUUGUUAA